AUGGCUGUAGGAAUCAUCUUCUUAUUCCAAACUUUGGCUGGAGUUUCAGGCAAUUCCUACCUUGUGUACAAUUAUCUCUUGCUUUACUUCAAGGAGCACCAACUAAAGGCCAAGGACUUGAUUCUGAUGCAUUUAACUUUAGCCAACUUCUUAACACUCUUCUGUAAAGGAGUGCCCCAGACAAUGGUGGUUUUUGGUGUGAAAUGUUUCCCCAAUGACUCCGGAUACAAGCUACUUUUUUACUUUCACAGAGUUGGCAGAGGUGUAUCAUUUGGCAGUAUCUGCCUAUCAAGUGUAUUCCAAGCCAUCACCAUCAGACCAAGGCAUUCCAGUUGGCCAGGAAUCAAAAUUAAAACUCCUCAAUUCAUUAUCCCCUACAUAUACUUGGCCUGGAUCCUGUCCCUCCUGGUAAAUAUUGAUAUACUUGAGCACAUGACUGGUAGUUUGUGCAAUACAAACUUCACUCAUCCACAGGAUUCGAUACACUAUUCUUCUUUUCCUUGGGAGGAACCUGGUGAAAUGCUCCAUGUGAUCUACAUGACAGUUCCUGAUGCUGUGUGCAUGGUGCUCAUGCUAUGGGCCAGCAGUUCCAUGGUUCUCAUCCUGCAUAGGCACAAACAGAGGAUGCAGCGCAUGCCCAGGACCAGGAGCUCCUCCAGAUCCUCCCCUGAGAUGAGAGCUACCCGAACUAUCCUUCUCCUGGUGAGCACCUUUGUCUUCUUUUACACACUCUCCUCUCUCUUUACCAUCUAUUUAACAUUUCUGCUUGAUCCUGGUGUGUUGACUGUAAAUGUCACUGGAAUAUUCUCCAUGUGUUUUUCCUGUCUCAGCCCCUUUCUGCUCAUAAGACAUGGCUUCAGUUCAUCCAUGCCUUGCUGUACCUGGAUAGAAAACAGAAAAUCCUCCCUAACUUUAUAA